UCUUCUAUACAGUUAUCUAUGGGGUGCGAAGCAGCAUCUUCUGCAGUUUGAUCUGCAGUUCCCUGGCAGCAAAUGGCGUGAGCAUCUUUUUGUGCGCUUGUUGGCCAUUUGUAGCAAUACAUUUUCUUUGAGGAAAUGUCUCUUCAGACCCUUUGCCGUGGCCCAGAGUUUCCAGAGAGAAGGACUGAAGAAGCGCCCAGCAGUUAGUGCCCAGCAGUUGGAGGCAGCAGCGGCUCGGCAGCUCCGGGGCAGAGCCCUCCGACCCCAGCCAGCAGAGCGGCCUGGCUUCAGCUCUGUGGGCGCAGGCACGCAACAGUCACGGUCACGCCCUGCGGGUGCAAGGCCUGACCCAGCUGCCCUCCUCAGGAGCAUGGCAUCGGCCUUUGCAAGGGUGGUCAGGAGCGUGGUCCAGGAGCUGGACCACGGUGGGGAGCUCACCCCUGUGGACAGCCUGCAGAGCUCCACCAGCUUCCAGCUCUACUGCCUUUUGGGCAGGAAGUCCUCGAGUUCACGGUUCUGGAAACACCGCUACACACGUGUCAACCUGUCCAUCAGGGACAUCCUGGAGCCCGACGCCCCAGAGCCAGCUGUGGAGUGUGGCAACACCUUCCAUUUCCACGAUGCUAUGGAUGGGAAGAUGCAGGGCAGCGUGGAGCUGGCGGCCCCAGGACAGGGGAAGCUGUCAGGCGGGGCCGCGGUGUCCGGCAGCUCCAGCGCCUCGAUGAUCGUGUGCACGCUGCGAGUGGCGCCCAACACCUGGGAAGCCAUGCAUCGAGAGAGGCGCUUGCGGCGGCCUGAGCACAAAGUCCUGCAGCAGCUGCGGAAUCGUGGGGAUGACGUGUUCGUCGUGACCGAGGUGCUGCAGACACAGCAGGAGGUGGAAGUCACCCGGACCCAAAAGCAGGAGGGCUCCGGCCAGUUUGCACUUCCGGGAGCCAUGGGCUUGCAGGGCAGAGGCGAGGGCCACCUGAGCCAGAACAAGAUGGUCACCAUCCCCGCGGGCAGCAUCCUCGCCUUUCGGGUGGCCCAGCUGGUUAUUGGCUCUGACUGGGACAUCCUCUUCUUCCCGGACAAGAAGCAGACGACCUUCAGGCCACAGCAGGAAGGUGGCCAGCUGCAGCGGUCCUCCUGCCUCACCUCCACAAAAUUUCUCUCUCUCCGCUUCAAGUUCCUGUCGGAUGGGCCCAUGGAGGACCGGUGGGCGACCACCGAAGGCUUCCAGGGCCUGCAGGCAGAAGUGGAGGCUUGGGCCGUGGGCCUGGAGGGCUUGUCCAGGGAGCCUUGUCGGCAGCUGCUGGGGGCCCUCGGGCAGGUGCUGCGGGACGAGGCCGCCCUGCAAGCCCUGGAUGAGUCGCUGGAGCACGGCCUGCGUGGCGGGCUUUUGGAGUCUCGGGAUGGUCCGGUGGGUGCUGUCCUCGAGUGCCUGGUGUUCUCCUCCAGAAGGCUGGAAAAGAGACUUGCCGGCCCCGUCUUCUACCUGCUGCAAGCUCUAGCUGUGCUGAGUGCAACCCAGCACGUGCUGCUGGCUGAGGUGCUGGAGAUGGGGGCCCUGUCAGGGGCGUUCAAACUGGUGGAGAGCCUUUUGGAGCAGAGCACCCCAUGGCAGGAGCACAGGGCCGUGUCCCUGCCGCACGAGCUCCUGGGGAGCAGCUGGGGCUCAGAGGCACCCACCUGGGUCCUGCUGGAGGAGUGUGGCCUUGAGCCACAGGUGGGCGCCCCCCAGGUGUGCUGGAAACCGGAGGCCCAGGGCUGUGCGAAUGCGCUUUACGCCUGCCUCGCACUGCUGUUCAGGCUGAGCCGGCUCUGCUAGCCUGCAGCCUGCCCGCAGGGCAGCUCUCUAGUCGGGGCAGAGCUCAUGCCCACCCAGCUGCCAGGAGCCACACCCAGCCAUGUGGGCAGCUCCC